AUGAAUACCUGUUAUUAUCUAAUUUUUUUAUUUCUCUUCACAUCAUUUUCUUAUGGAUACGAAAAAUCAUCCUUUUAUUCAGCAUUAUUUGAUGAUGAUACAAAUACAGAAUCGAAUACUGAAGAAGAAGGAUGGCAAUCAAAUGAUGAUGAAAUUAUUGAGGAAUUGAAAUCUCAUCGAGCUUCAUAUCAACUUGAACAAGAUUUAUUAGCAAAUAUUUAUGCACCCGAUCGAACUUAUGUAUCCGUACAUGAUAAUCGUAUUCAUCCAUCGAAUUUUUCUUAUUUUACAUUUAAAAACCAUGGAACUUAUCGUUUUAUUUUAAUAACAUUACAUGGUGACGCAGAUUUAUAUGUCUCAACACGUGAUAAACAUGUUUCAUAUGAUAAUUAUGAAUAUAGUUCAUGUACAUGUGGUAUUGAUGAAAUACUUAUUGAUCCUUAUGUAAAACGUCCAAUUUAUAUUGGUGUCUAUGGUUAUUCACAAUAUCAAAUAAGUCAUUAUCGUUUACUGAUUGAAUUAGUAGAUGCAACGAUUCCAACUGAUGAAAUAUUCAAUGAAAAAUCUACGCAAGAACAACAAACUUCACAUUUAGAUCAAAAACCUUCGCAAGUUGUUGUCGAAGGUGAAGAUAAUCGAUCACAUAUACUAUGGAAUAUAUUUGUAUGGCUACUAAAUAUUCUUGUCGAAGUUCUAACUUAA